UAGCAGGCAGCCAUAAGUGUAUUAAUACCAGUAAGUUGAUAGCCUACCAUUUUUCCGCUUUCACUUUCUGCCAUGACAACGACCCCCCCAGCUCAUUAAUUUGUUAUUAGCGGAGUUAAUUAAACUUAACGCCAAUCGAGAGCAACAUCCGGAGAUGAGUGGAAGUGUCCGCUGUAACUCAAGCUAAGGCCGGUGGGAACUAGCUUAAAAGUCGCAAACAUCAUUGUUAGUCUCAUUUCGAAGAGUUUCGGACAAUGCCAGACGUCGAGCCCCUCAGAUUCCCAUCAAGGGAAGGACCAAGCCAACAAGAUCAAGCAGAUUUUCAAACCGCCUGCUCUGGUAGACGUCGCACAUGUGCUCUGCUCAACAGUCCUUCACCAUGUGUCAACAGUGCUAUUUACCAUAUCCAAGAGAUGAAGAUGACAGUGGAAGACUGGUGUCAGCAGUCCGGAAAAUAUCACUCACAGACUGAUCAGGACAAGCAUCAAUACAGCAAAAGUUUACGAUUUCAGUCCAGAGACUCGGAUUCUGAAUCUGGGGUGUCUACAGAGUUGUACGUUGAAGGCAUUGCUAUCAAUGCAAGAGAAAGUUGUCCAUUGACUCCACUACUGAAGAAAAUAAAUGACGUCCUGGCUGAGGUUGUUUAUCUGAUUGAGCGGUUGGAGGCUGACCGACAGUAUGCAGAGGAAGCUCUCCAAAAAGAGAAGAGAAGAAAAAUAUUUCUGGAGAACAAAGUUGACAGUAUUGCGCUGUGGAAGCAAAAAGAGCACGCUUUUGUUGUCCAGAAAGAACAUGAAGCCUGCAUUAGAGACAUCACUGAAUUAAAGUGGCAGCUAAACCUGGAAAGAGAGAAACUUGACCAAGUCCAGGAGAAACUGACACGCACAGAGGUGUUGAACCAGCACUUACACGAGGACAUCAGCUUUGCCAAAAAACAUAUUCCCAUUGUGAGGGAAAACCUGGAUAUCCAGAGAAGCCUCAUAGAUCAGAUCAACGAUGCACAGGCUGAGGCUGAUGACGUUUGCUCAAAAACACAAAGUGAUCUCACACUGAUCCAGAAGGAGUUAAAAAAGAUGGAGCUGGACGCCAACAGUGAAAAAAUUUCAUUGGACUCUGUGCUGUCGGCUAUGAAGAAUCAGCUGGCAGAGAAAUUGGAGGAUUUAAAUCAGCUGAAGAUGCUUGAGAACAGUCUAUGUGUGGAGAUAAAAGAGACUGAAAAGACCAUUUCUCUUACAGAGGAAAAAUGCACACUCAUAACUCAGCGUAUCCCUGAAAUGAUGGAGCUUGAAAGAACUGAAAAAGACAGGAUUUCCCAGUUGAAUCUUGAGAUUGUGGACGAAAUGCAAAAGAAUGUGAAAUUAAAUGAAAAACUGGUUUCACUGCAAGAAGUCAUUGAGAAAACUAAACUUAAAGGGGAAGCAGAAGUUUCUUGCAUAAAAGAGCAGCUCCAAUCAAAACGUCAAACGUUUGCAGCCGUCCGGAAAGAAAACAUGGAGCAUGAACAGAAUGUCGAAGACUACAAGAUAAAAAUUUGUGAGAGCAAGAAAGCUGUGAAGCAGAUGCGCGAGGAGAGGAAGCAGAUGCUCCAGAAAAUCACUGACAAUGACGAGCAGUGGGAAAAGGCCAAGGAGGAAGUGACCCAGGUUGUAGCCCAACACAGUGUCACCCAGGCUAAGCUGGAAGAACAAGAACAGCUCACCUUCAUGGAAGAACAGAGGGCCAGGAAAGCGAUCGAAAACUUGAGGAAAGAUCUGACAGGUCAGGCGACUGCCCUGGAACUACUAAAGGCUCAGUGUGUAAAUGUCAAUGAAGAACUGAAACGACAUCGUACGAGUUCGGUGCUAAUCAACCAAAAACUUCAGAAGGAAUUUGAAGAAGCAUCUUUAGCAACUAAAGCUAUGGAGACAAAGAUGGAGAAAGUCAGGAAAUUGACAAACAAUUUGGAAAAGAUUCAGUGUGAACACAAGAAAAAACUAGCCAUCCUUGAGAAGGAGAAAAAACUCAAAAGUGACCACCUGAGAGCCGCUCAGGAUUUACACCGUGCCACUAUAAAGAGAUAUGACACCAUUGUGGCUACGAUCAGUGACCUUAUAAAUAAAGCGGAGGAAUACCAGGAGGCUUCAGAUAAAAUGGAUAAAAUUGUUGGAAGCAUGCCAGACGUAAUAGCAGAUCUUCAAAGUGUGUUUGAAAUGCUGGAAUUCACAAACAAAUCAGCUGUUCUCAUAAUGAGCACCUUGAAGUCUGAUAUUAAUAACUGCCAGCAACGAGCAGAGCGAUCCGUGCAGACACACACUUCUCAUGUUACAGCAAGGAAAAAGAUAAUGGAAGAUACCAAGGAGGCACUGAAAACAGCCCUGAAUGAGAACAAACAGCUGGCUAGCAAGUACAAAGGUCUGAAGAAGAUCCUCAUGGAGGCCAAACAGGAGUCGGUGUCUGCACUGAGCGAGAAGAACCACGCUCAUAAAUCUUUACAUUCAUACACACAGCUCUCUUUGUUGCAGAAGAGGAUGCACGAAGCUUUGGUGAAAUACUUCAAACAACGCAGCCUCUACAGCCAGGCUGAACUGGACCGGUGCCAGGCUCUUUCUCAAGAGACCAACCAGAAAAUAAAAACAGCCCAGGAGGGGUUGGCGGAGGAAAUUCAGCUCGUCUCAGCAUUCCUACAAUCCUUGACGGAUGACUCUACUACCACUGAUGAUGCCGGGGUGAACAAACAAGCCGGUCCAGAUGCUGCUGGAUCGAAUGAGUAGAUGCCUUCAGUUCAAACAGCAGUGUAAUUGGACAUUCACCUGUACCAGACAACUUACUUACCCUAGCACGCUUCACUAUCCCCCCCUCUUUACUUGCAGCAGAUCCAUAACAAUGAAACAGGUGACUUUCAUGCUGCUGUCAGGACUGAUCUAAUUUUAGCUGGGUGAAUGAUUGCAAUUGGCUUUGCCUCAUCAGAUAAUUAAUCUAUGUCACCAUUAAUUGGAAAAGAGAAUAAUUACAGGCAGUGUUGACAGAAAUUCUACGCUUCUCCAGAUUUCAAGAUCUAAUUACGACUAGUGAAACCCCACGACCUUAACUAGCACUUAGUACACCUUGGCCACUUUGACCAUGUCCACGCGAAGACCACCGAGUCUCGAAAGACCCUGUUUUUUUGUUAUCGCACUCCCACACUCCUCCGCUCUCCUCGCUCACUGAAAGCUGUCUCCCUCAAUCACUUUUCAAUAUUCAAUCUUAAUUUUGUGGAAGUUUAGCAUUUUCAAUGAGCUGGAGAUGAAUGAUUAAUGAAUAAAUUUAAAUGCUUCAUUUUG